UUGUGCUCCUUUUUAUUUUACAGAUCUUUGAGAAUGGUGAAGAUUUUCGUGGGGAAUCUGCCCCGAGAGGCAGACGAGGAAGAGAUCAAGGCUCUCUUCACCGAGCAUGGCACCGUCACCGAGUGCUCCAUCAUUAAGAACUUCGCGUUCGUCCACAUGGAUGACCGCAAAGCUGCCACCAAAGCCAUCAAGACCCUGCACCUCCACAAGCUUCAUGGCACGGCGAUCAACGUGGAGGCCAGUCACGGGAAGAACCAGGGUCCCGUCAAACUCCAUGUGGCAAACGUGGAGAAGGGAUGCGACGACGAGCUGCGCGCUCUCUUUGAAGAGUACGGCACAGUCACAGAGUGCGCGGUUGUGAAGAAUUUUGCUUUCAUACACAUGCCCAACUAUGACGAGGCCAUGGAUGCCAUCAAGGGACUGGAUAACAGCGAGUUUCAAGACAAACGCAUCCAUGUCCAGGUUUCCAAGAGUCGUCCCAGAUAUGAUGAAUGCGAGGAAUACCCGCCUCCUCCCCCAGACGGUGGGGGCUACUGGCCUCCGCACUAUCCAGGAGAGGGCCAUGAGCCUCCUCCACCCAGCUACAUGAGGGGCCGCAUGAUGCCCCCAGGUUACCCCGCUCCUCCCCUGCCUCCCCCUCCUCCCAGACGAGCUGUUUAUCCCGACCGUCCCUACGACACUGACAGGGAGAGAUACAGCGUCGUAGAUUACUAUGAGAAGUACCGAGCCCGUCCGUAUGGCAUCCCACCGUACGAGGACCAACGUGCUGGCGCUCCGCCUCCCCCUCCUCCACCCUCAGCCGUCGUGCGAGACCGCAUUAUGAACUCGUCGCUCGACCCGUACGAGCGUCGGCCCCUGCCGCCACCGCCACCACCUCCUCCGUCUUCGUACUACGCCCGAGAUCGCAGCCCCAUCCGGAGGGCGCCUGCCGCACCGGUACCGCCAGCCAAUAAUGGCUACACGUAUGAUCGUUCUGUUUAUGGAGUUCCACGUGCAAGGGACCCCUACGCAGACAGGUUGCCUCCGCCACCGCCUGCACGCUACCCGUAUUAGGCGACACUUCGGCAUGUAAAGGAUUGUCGUCCAACUGCGUCGGCGUCCGCCGCCUCCUGAUGUAUGUGACUCUGUCCUCUUCCCGUCUGCGGCUGAGCGCGUUGCGUUCCUCGGCGACACUCACGAAAGGAAUCAAAUUGCCGACGUCUUGUUUUUUUUUUAAUUAUUAUUUUGAAAAUAUUUUUACAUUUUCUCUCUGUUUUAGUGUGUAAUUGUGCUGUAGAAUUAUUUUUUUUAUUGGUUGACGUCUGAAUUGGGCAGCUUUUUUUUUUUUCUUUCCAACAUUUCGUAGAAGUAGUUAUGUUCUGUAUGAUCUUAGAAAGCUAAAAAUCUUUUCAGCAGCGAUUUUUAAAGGCGGAAUUUGUUUUGUUAUGCAAUCUAAUCUGCACGUUUGUUCCAUCAUGUCGAAAUUUUUCCGUCAAAAAUCCAACAUCUAAUGCGCUGCUGUCAAAAUGUAAAAUAACUUGUUAAGUAAGCAGGUAAUGCGUUUGGAAUAUUAACUGUCAAAACGUAGUCAUUUUUUCUCUUUUCUUUUUCUAAUAAAACCGUUUUGUGUAGCAAGUGUACACAGAUGUGAUUAACAUAAGCGCUAAAAUAUCUCUUCACUGUAAUCGUUGGAAAUUAUACCAGUACUGUGCUUGGACUUUUUAAAUUCAUUUGUUAAUGGUAAAGAAAACGGACAACAAGGUUGUUAAAAUCGACACGUUGAUUAAAGAACCUCUCCUGUC